UAUGUCUCGAAAAUAAGCUCUCUAUUGUCUCCAUUUCACCACUUGUGCGGCGAAGAAGGAAGCAUUUUCGUGCUCGAUCCUUCUUGAAGUCUGUCUCUUUCUCCUUUUCCGAGCGCGUAAUUCACCCAGCACUCAGCCAUGCCGAAGAAUAAGGGAAAGGGAGGAAAGAACAGGCGACGUGGUAAGAAUGAGAAUGAAGCCGAGAAGAGAGAAUUGAUCUUCAAGGAGGAGGGCCAAGAAUAUGCCCAGGUGACAAAAAUGCUUGGAAAUGGCAGAUUGGAAGCUCUCUGUUUUACUGACGGUAUGAAGAGGCUCUGUCACAUCCGUGGAAAACUCCGGAAGAAAGUAUGGAUAAAUCAAGGUGAUAUCAUUCUUCUUGGGCUUCGAGACUACCAGGACAAAAAGGCUGACGUUAUCCUCAAAUAUAAUGCAGAUGAGGCACGAAACUUGAAGUCAUAUGGUGAAAUCCCAGAAUCAGUCAAGGUGAACGAGAAUGCUACCUUCGUAGAAGACGGCAUGGAUGACGAUAUUGAGUUCGACGAUUACUCAGAAGAGGAAGAGGAUGCAGCAGCUGACAUAGAUGCACUAUGAAAAUGCUGGCCGAAUACCUCUAUUACAAGGAUAGCAGAUGCUAGCAUAAAGUAGAAAUAACUAUUAGCUUUUUUUUUUCUUUUUUUAUGCCCAUCAUAUACACAGUUGUUGGUGUCCCAACAUGGGAUGUUCUUUAUUGCUGUAGAAUCAGAUUGAUAUUAUGUUUACAUACAGCAAACUAAAGUUCAGAGUAUUUUGAUAUCUAGUUGAUAAUCAGGAAUCAAUUUAGAAAUUAUUAUUUAGGAAAUGUUAAUCCAAGAGAUUCAUAUAAAGUGAUACCAAGAAACAAACUGGAAUACACUUGCUUUUUGUAGUGAUUGCUUUCACUGCAUCUCAAUUUUUAUUUGAAUGUUUGUCUUGAAAAAAGAAAAGGAAAUUAGAAAUUUGUUUUGCAAGAUGCUGUUUUCUUUGGCCCUAUUUCGUUCCCAUAUCUGCAUCCCUCCUGUAACUUUUUUUUCUACUUUAUCAUAUGGAAAUUAAAUCUUUUUAAAUUGAUAUUUUAUAUAAAGUGUAAUCUCAAU